UAUAUCCAUGGCCAAAUCACCACCAUUGCUCACCAGACCCCAAAGCCAUAGCCCCAAGAAAUAUCAUCAGCAUCCUAAACGACGCCCUAUGUCACCGUUUUGCAUCUCCAUCUUUCUUCUCGUCACCUGUGUCGCUUUCUUCACUCUCUUCCAAAUCCAAUCCCUUCACACUCCACCAUCUUCUUCAUCACCAUGGUCUCUCAUGCAUCAGUGGCGGAAAGUCACCACCAGCAGCCAAGAACUCACAUCCAUGGCUGAAAAGCUUAAGCAAGCGGUCACAUUUCUCCCACUAAAAGAUCUGCGUUACCAAGACAAAGCCCUAGAAGGCCACACAUGGUUCAUGAGCUCCAUGUAUGAUAUACAUGAAGAAGGCGAGGUUCAAUACCAGCAGUUUCCUUCAGAAUCCUCUAACGGCAGGCUACUUUGUUUGAAAGGACGUGAUACCCAUGAUGGAUCUUGGAACUCUUAUGCCUUAGCUUGGCCUGAAACCCUACCUCUCAAUGCAAGCCUCCUAAAAGGCUUAACUUUUGUAUCAUAUAAUCACUACAACUAUGAUAAUAUCUGGCAUGGGCUAUCUGCUGUUGUGCCAUUUGUUGCUUGGCAUAUAAGAAACGGCUGUGAAUCUCCAAGCAGAUGGAUUCUGUACCACUGGGGCGAGCUUAGGUUCAAAAUGAGCACAUGGCUAAGGACCCUGACUGAGGCUACGUAUGGUGCCGACCCAUAUAUUGAAGGGUUCGAAUGGGCUAACAACAGUGAGCCAGUUUGCUUUGAAAAAGCUGUGGUGAUGAGGCAUAAUGAAGGUGGCAUGUCAAGGGAGAGGAGAAUAGAGACUUAUGAUCUCAUGAGAUGUAAGGCUAGAGCUUACUGUAAUUUGAGCUUGGAGGAUGCAAGAAUCAAUGACAAGGGAUUACCAAGAAUUGGAUUGACAUUGUUUAUGAGAACAGGUCCAAGAUCUUUCAGGAAUGAGUCUGCUGUGAUUGGCAUCUUUGAAAAGGAGUGUGCAAAGGUGGAGGGCUGCAAGUUGAUGGUGGCUUACUCCAAUAAUCUUACAUUCUGUGAGCAGGUGAAGCUGAUGAGCUUGACUGAUAUUCUAGCAUCACCUCAUGGUGCUCAAUUGACCAACAUGUUUCUAAUGGACAGAAACAGCAGUGUGAUGGAAUUCUUCCCCAAAGGAUGGUUAAAACUUGCAGGUGUAGGCCAAUAUGUUUACCAUUGGAUUGCUAGCUGGUCUGGGAUGAAACACCAAGGUGCAUGGCGAGACCCCGAUGGCGAUCCCUGCCCUUUUCCUGAAGAUGAUCGCCGGUGCAUGUCCGUUUACAAAGGUGGUAAAAUUGGAUUCAAUGAGACUUAUUUCUCUGAGUGGGCUGCAAAUAUUCUCAGUGAAGUCAAGAGAAGAAAGAUGGAGAAUGUAUCAAAUAACACCACUGCUUCAACUUCUAGCUGUCCCUGUAGCUAAGUACUAUAAUCGCAAUACUCCCUUUCCAUUUUUCCUUUUUUCUUUUUCUUUUUUUAUUAAUUUCGUUGCAUACUUUAUA